AUCAAUAAUUUUGUUUUGUUAGCAAGUACUUAACUCAGAAAACAAUCAAGAUGCUGUCUUCAACAAAUUCCGCAAACAGGACUCCUCUGGCAUCAAAGAAUGAAAACGGGCAUAUCAACGAUGAAAACACACCACCAUCAUUCAGCGAAACACGGAUACUGGCCUCUAAAACGGCACGCAAGAUUUUGGCGGACGUAAAUCACAAUAAGAAACAGAAGACCCCAUCGUCAAAUAACACAGAGAGACAGAAACGACUCGAGGUCGCACAGGACGAACCGCUCCUUCGGGAAAACCCACGACGUUUCGUCAUCUUCCCCAUUCAAUACCACGACAUUUGGCAGAUGUACAAGAAGGCGGAAGCUUCGUUUUGGACAGCGGAAGAGGUGGACCUAUCCAAAGACAUGCAGCACUGGGAGGGCCUGAAGCAGGAGGAGCGGUACUUCAUCUCGCACGUGCUGGCCUUCUUUGCUGCCAGCGAUGGCAUUGUCAAUGAGAACCUGGUGGAGCGCUUCAGCAAGGAGGUGCAGGUGACGGAGGCCCGCUGUUUCUAUGGCUUUCAGAUCGCCAUGGAGAACAUACACUCUGAGAUGUACAGCUUGCUCAUUGACACCUACAUCAAGGACUCCACUGAAAGGGAGUUCCUGUUCAAUGCCAUUGAGACGUUGCCCUGUGUGAGGAAGAAGGCUGACUGGGCAAUACGCUGGAUUGGUGAUCAUGAUGCCACUUUUGGGGAACGAGUGGUUGCGUUUGCAGCUGUAGAGGGGAUUUUCUUCUCUGGGUCUUUUGCCGCCAUCUUCUGGCUGAAGAAGCGUGGCCUUAUGCCAGGACUGACAUUCUCCAAUGAGCUCAUUAGCCGAGAUGAGGGCCUGCACUGUGACUUUGCCUGCCUGAUGUUCAGCCACCUGGUGCACAGGCCGUCAGAGGCACGGGUGAGGGAGGUGAUCAUGGACGCGGUGACUAUUGAGCAGGAGUUCCUCACGCAGGCCCUGCCUGUUAACCUCAUCGGCAUGAACUGCGAGCUGAUGAAGCGCUACAUUGAGUUUGUGGCCGACCGUCUGCUGCUUGAACUGGGCUUCAGCAAGGUUUACAAGGUGGAGAACCCCUUCGACUUCAUGGAGAACAUCUCUCUGGAGGGGAAGACUAACUUCUUUGAGAAGCGGGUAGGGGAGUACCAGAGGAUGGGCGUGAUGUCCAAGGCCUCCGAUAAUACCUUCACGCUGGAGGCAGACUUUUGAAGCAGUCAUUUGUCAG